AGCAAUGUACCUUGAAUGAUUCCUGAGUAUGGAAUGUAUUUUAUAGUGUCUAAAUUUUCAAUGGUUUUCUAUACAGGUCGUGUCAGGCUCUUGCUGUCCAAGGGUCACUCCUGCUACCGCCCUCGUCGUGAUGGUGAGAGGAAGAGGAAGUCAGUCCGUGGAUGCAUUGUCGACUCCAACCUCAGUGUGCUGUCACUCGUUGUUGUCCGCAAGGGUGAACAGGAAAUUCCCGGCCUGACCGACAAAUCCAUUCCCCGUCGCCUGGGACCCAAGAGGGCCAGCAAGAUCCGUAAGCUGUUCAACUUGACCAACAAGGAUGAUGUCCGUCACUACGUUAUCAAGAGGCCUCUUCCCUUGAAGGAAGGCAAGAAGCAGCAGUUCAAGUCCCCCAAGAUCCAGCGUCUCAUUACUCCCCUCACUCUCCAGCGCAAGAGACACCUGCUGGCUCUGAAGAAGAAGCGUUGCCUGAAGCGCAAGGAACAGGCCGCUGACUACGCCAAGUUGUUGGCUCAGCGCCAAAAGGAGGCUAAGGUCCGCAAGCAGGAGGAGAUCAAGAGAAGGCGGUCAGCUUCCAUGAGGGACUCAAAAUCCUCAGCACAGAGUGGCCCAACUGCUGCCAAGAAGUGAUUAUUCUAAAUCUAGAAACUAAUAAACAAAAAAAAAAGUGAAA